GGGGCUGCUGGCGCCUGCUCGGCGCCCCUCCGUCUCCAUCGCUCGCCGCCCCCGCCGGAACCCAGGCGCAGUUAUAUGAAAAAUACCGAAUAACCAUGAGUGGAGUAUUGAAAAGGAAGUAUGAUGAACUGGAGGAUGAUGCCACCUACUGCUCCUCUUCCUCCUGCUCCCCGUUCUCCUCUUCUUCGGCCUCAUCGGGUUGGGAAACAGACGAGGAAAACUCCCGAGGAGACAACAAGCCCAGCACUGCCUUACCCUCCAGUUUCACUCCUACAUCCAUCCUGAAGAAAACCAAGCGGUUAAAGAAGAACAAUGUGGAGUUUGACCAGGUGACUGUGUUUUACUUUCCACGCUGCCAGGGGUUCACCAGCGUGCCUAGCCGGGGUGGCUGUACCCUGGGGAUGAUGAGCAAGCACAGUUCAUCCAGGCAGUUUACACUGGCAGAAUUUUCAAAGGAACAGGAAAACGUUCGGCGGGAGAAACUCAAGGAGCGGUUAAAAGAGGAGAAACUGGAGGCAUUGAAAUGGAAGCUGACGGUGAACGGCACGGCGGAGUCUGAGGAGGCCGGCCAGCUCACUACUGAGGACAUAUCCGACGAUGACGUGGAUGUGAGCAAUGUGGAGCUGGAGGACGGCUUCUUCCUACAGCCCUACCCUGCCAAAAAGAGACGUGCUCUGCUCAAAACCAUGGGGGUGAAGAAGAUCGACAGAGAGGAGAAACGGGAGCUGCACAGCAUCCGCCUGUCCCGUGAAGACUGCGGCUGUGACUGCCAGGAGUUCUGCGAUCCAGAGACCUGCAGCUGUAGCUUAGCAGGCAUUAAAUGUCAGAUGGAUCACACUUCGUUCCCUUGUGGCUGCACGAAAGAUGGCUGUGGAAAUACGGAAGGGAGAAUAGAAUUCAACCAGGCUAGAGUGCAAACUCACUUUAUCCACACCAUCAUGAAAUUGGAACUGGAAAAGAAUCAGCAGAGCAAUGAAAGGAAUGUAGAACCCGAAUCAUCAUUCCGGGACAGACUCCAUCAAUUUGGCUGUUCGGCAGGGAAAAACGUGUUUGAGGAAAGAGCUGUCCCACUGACUCCAGCAUUUCAGUUCAACAUGGACCUGGAGACUGUUGGGGAGAAUAGCUGUAGUAGUGAUAUGACAGACUCUUCGAUUUCAUCCAUUCAGAGCGAGGAUUCAGAAGAACAGUACGAGAGUGUCCCAUCAGAUAAGUCUCAGUCUGAUAUUGAUGAUGACGGCCUGGCAAGAAUACUCCACUUCAGUGAUUCUGACAUCGAGGACAACAGUAAUAAUUGCCAAGACAACUUGAGCUGUUUCCAUCCUGCUGACUUCUUUAGUGCUAACAUUGAAGACCAGUGUGGUACAACUGCUGAAAAACUCAGCACUGGAAACUACUCUGGCCAUUUGUCAAACAUCUCCGAAUGCCUGGAUGAAAAUGCCAAUCAGGAUGCUGGUUGUUUUCUAGACGAAACUGCUGAUACACACUGUGAUGGGCUUUCUUGCUGCAUGUCAUCCUCUGCAGAGCAGUGCUCAAAGAGCUACACAGAUCUCAGCCUUUCCUCUGACUCCUUGGAUCUUUUUCAGUCAUUUUCCGACUACAACUUGGGACCUCUUUAUAACUCGUUAAAGGAAUAUGAGAACCUUGAUAACUUUUCAGCAUUGCAGUUUCAAUUGCCUAAUUUUCCUGGCUUUCCCCAGGCAGGAGACCAGAGCACCUGUUUCCUGGAGUCUCUAAUUGGCUUGUCUGAAUCUGUCCCAGAAACCCCCGUCCCUUUCACAGACAAUCAGCUUUUAGAAGAUGCCAUUAAGUCAUCACUAAUGGAAACAGUGAAAGUUUAA